AUUAAAGUGAGGUUAUGUCCUAAAGUAAGGUUAUUUUUUACCAAACUUUUCUAUUUUGUAAAAUUAGAAAUGUUAGAAACGUUUUAAAUUGUCAAAAUGUCGGAGACAGAAUUACAAGAGGAGGAACGUGAAGUUUUAUCGUCGAUUUACGAUGGGGAUGAAUGUUUUAAACAAAUUUCUUCCAAUACUUUCCAAUAUAAAUACGGCGAAAGCGACACGAUGAAAUCCUUCCUCCUUGAAAUCAAAUGGGGUGAGAAGUACCCCAACGAACUGCCUGAAGUGAACAUGGAUACUUUCUACAACAAACACGUAGUUAAACUUCUCAAAGACAAAAUCGCGUCUUUAGUUGAAAAAGAAGCUCAACAAUAUUUGGGGAUGUCAAUGACAUACUCAUUGUUCGAAUUUGUGAAGGAAAAGUUUGAAGAACUCAUUGAGGAGCAGCCUGAGGGAAACUUGGACAAUAUAGAGAAAUUGGCGAUUGUUGAAAGUGAUCAGGGGGCGACUCAAAAAGUCCCCAAGAAAGAGCAGUUGACGAAAGCACAAAAGCGACGCCAAUGGAAUCGAGUUGACAAUAAGGGGGAACGACCCAGGGGGUGGAACUGGGUCGACAUUGUCAAACACUUGUCUCAAACAGGGCCUAAAGAACCAACCACACCCACUUCAUAAACAUGGUGUAUUAUUUAUAUAAAAAUAUAUAUUUUUAUGAAAA